AUGAGCGCCAACCAGCCCGGGAUCACCAUCUCCAUAAUCCCACAGAACAUUGCAUCGAGCUACCAAGUCACUAUGACCGAAACCGCCACCGGGACCGUCAUCAUCACGAUGACUCCCGUUAUCCAGCCGUACAAUACUCCUCCCUCCACACCUCCUCACAUCGGCGCCGGCGCAGAUAUCGAGAAUUCCGACAGCCACACCUCAGAGGGGAAAUCAAUCCCCAACUGGAAUACGACCCGUUUCAAAGUUCACGCGGCAGACCCGAUAGUCAAGAUGCCUUGA